GCGGCGGGGAUAACAUCGGCCCGCGCUGGGCGGGAGACCCCCGGCACCGGGAGGCAGCGCUGCUCUCUCAGGGGAACUCCGCGGAGCCGCCUCGGGAAGGGGAGGAGGCGGCCGCGUGCCAGGCGGGGAUCUGCCGCGGCUCCCCACUGCGCGGCGCGCUCUGGCAGCGGCUCCGGCCAACUUUGCCGGUCCGGGGGGCCGACGUGGGCUCCCGGCGGUAUCCCUCCGCCCGCUCGCCGGCCGGCCGCACCAUGAGCUCCGCCUGCACCAGCUACCUGAGCCCCGACGGGGCGUUGGUGAGCGGCUUCAGCUGCCCGCGGGCGGACGGCGAGGCGAGCGCCGUGUACUGCUGCGGCUUCCAGGACGUCAAGUACUGCUGCGAUGACCCCAACAGCUUCUUCCCCUACGAGCACGGCUACAUGUGGUGGCUCAGUGUUGGUGCACUUGUGGGUCUGUCGAUAGCAGCGGUGGUCCUGCUUGCUUUUCUCAUAACAGUGUGUGUUCUCUGUUACUUGUUUAUCAGUACAAAGCCACGCAGCAAGCUGGAUACAGGUUUAAGCUUGCAGACAACAGGCAGAGAGACUAGAGGGAGUUCCUUGUGAAAUAUAUAGAGGCACUGGACUGGAUUCCCACAGUGCUGCAAUAUGGCCUGGAACCGCAUCCUUCAGAAGGCACCAGCUGAAGCAGUGCAUCUGCAGAGCCAAAUGGAUUCAGGAAAUGCUUCCUUAGCCAUAAGCUGGACUGUGAUAACCAGUCCCCAGACCCUGACAGACUUUCCAGAGGUGUUUUAUAGCAACUGUAACCACCAUUAACAUCUGGGGCCAACAUGAAGCCAUGCCUGGUUAUGUUUCUUACAGCCAUUAAUGUGCAGAUGUUGUACUGAGAGGCAAUGGUGUAUUUUGAUUUGCACACACAACCAAAUGAUGCUAGACUUAUUGGUGUAAAUUCUGCUCUGACUUACCUCCAUGUAACUCCAAUGAGUUAUCAUAGGUGUAGAUCAGAGAAGAAUUUGUCCCAUCAUAUUGGACAGCUACUUUCUUUCAAGCCUUUUCAGUAUACCAUCUCAGUGUUGUAUGUGUUUGCCUUUAUAGUGUCUUUACUCCUCUAAUACAUUCCUCUUUAGCUGAAGAUGAUAGUUUGACUUGCAGAGGUAUGUGAACCUUAAUAAAAGUUUAGAGUUGCUUGUA